AUGAUACCCACGAAAACUAGGGUUCUUAAAAGAACGAAGAAACCACCAAAGAAGCCUUCUGAAUCUCCAAUCAAGACAACUACAAAAGAACCGGUAGUCGAAAGUGCUGAGCCCAAGGAUGUUGAAUUUUCAAAUCCUAUUUCUUCUCAGGGUGGUCCAAAGAAGGUUCAAAAGCCAAAAUUUACCAGGAGGGGUGUUCUAUUUCGUGAAGUACCAGUUCCUGGCUCACCAGACUCCAAGAAGCAUCGAGCUAUUGAUAUGGCAAAAAAGUUAAACAAGAAGAGACGUUAA